AUGGAGCCGCAAAUCGAGUUAACGGUGCACCACCAAGGCACCGCACAUACCUUCAACAUGUCUCCCUCCGCUACACUACAAGAUCUCAGUUCAACAAUCGAAUCAACACUGAACAUCCCAACCACAAACCAAAAGCUCCUCAUCGCCCCAAAACCAGGCAUGAAGAAAGCUCCAUUCCCACCAAGCCAACUUAGUGAGCUCCCACUCUCCUCUCCCAAAUUCAAGAUCACCCUCCUCGGCACCCCAGCCCAAGACAUCGCCGACCUGCACAAACAAUCCUCCGACGUCAAAAAGCGCGAAGAAGCGCGUAUCUCAGCACUCGCCGCUGGACGUCGAAACAAAACCACCGCAUCCCGCAGUACCGGCGGUGGUGUUCACACUUUAUCCUCAUCAAGCAAUAACUAUACAUUCCACCGCUGCCUCCCACUCUCAUACCUCCCGAAUCCCGCGCGCUCACUACAAUUCCUCGAACGUCUUCGCGAUGACCCAGGCAUCCGCGCCGCAAUGGCAAAACACAAGUUCUCUGUACCUCUCCUCACAGAGAUGAAUCCAGCGGAACACACAACCAGCGAAUCGCGGACCCUGGGAUUAAACAGGAAUAAAGGCGAGGUUAUUGAACUUCGUUUGCGUACAGAUGCGUACGAUGGGUAUCGGGAUUAUAGAACGAUUCGCAAAACGCUUUGUCACGAGCUAGCGCACUGUGUCUUUGGGCCUCAUGAUCGCGAUUUCUGGGAUUUGACCUCCCAGAUUGAGAAGGAGGUUGAGAGGGCGGAUUGGAAAUCUGGUGGGAAUCGGUUGACGCAGGAUGAGUUUUAUAAUCCCGGUGAUUGGGAAAGAGUGCAGAGUGGGGAGGAGGAAUUUGUGGAUGAGUGUGGAUGGACUGGGGGUGAGUUUGUGCUUGGGGGUUUGGGUAAUGGGGCUUCAGCGUCGGGAUCGACUCCUAGUUCUGGGACGGAGUCCAGGAGGGAUAUUAUUGCGCGUGCUGCUGAGGAGAGGAUGAAGAAGGGGAAUGAGAAAGGGAAACAGGAUGAUGGGCGGCAAUGA